AUGCCAGUCAAGAGGAGGUCUAUGCCUAAAAAGACGGUUUCGUUCUCCGACGAUGAAACUUUGAUUCGGACUCGUCAAUUAAAUGGUAAGAAAAUGCCUGUCGAUCACUAUAAUCCACCCGUUUAUGUGCGAAAGACCUUAUUAACAGUUCCAUUUCAUCUGCUGCCACUACUCUACCACUUCAUAAAAUGCUCUGACAAUUAUGAUGUGGCAAAGCUUCUAUGUUUCUUAAUUCCUUUACAAUCUCUUUAUUUGAUUUUUCAAUUCAAUAGAAGCACUGUUUAUGGAAAUAAAAUAUUGAAAAUUCACUUUGGGCUUUUAUUCAUAUCUCUGGCUGCAAGCCUGUUACUCACAUUACCAUGUAUGGCUAUGAUCAUUCUAUUAGGUGCACCAAUGACUCAAUUGCUAAAAGAGACGUGGAUAUUGGCGGCACAUUGCUGCUUCUUGGCGUAUCCGGCUGUUUAUUCUGUGUUCAACUGUGAUUUCAAGGUAGGGAUAUUCAAAAAGUACUUCGUAAGUAUUGCCCUGGGGUGUUGGAUAAGCUGCGUGGUUCUUCCAUUAGACUGGGAUAGAGAUUGGCAAGAAUGGCCUAUUCCCAUCGUCGUCGGCGCCUACCUUGGGGCAUUUGUUGGCUACCCGGCGUGUUCGUACAUAUAG